AUGUCAAGAACUCGUCCGAAUUUUCUUAUCACAGGAACGCCAGGUGUAGGCAAAACAACAUUCUCUGAGAUACUUGCAGAAAGAUAUAAUCUCGUUCACAUUCCAGUCAGUCGUUUAAUUCAAGAUAAGCAUCUUUGGCAAGAAAAAGAUGAAGAGAGAGACUGCACAAUUUACGAUGAGGAUCUCCUUGAUGAAGCUAUCAAAGAGAUCUUGGAUUCAAAUCCAGAAGGUGGUGUUAUCUUUGAUUUCCACUGUUCUGAUAUCGUCAUGCUCGAUGACAUUGACUACGUCUUAGUUCUCAGAACAAACUCAGAUAUCCUUUACAAACGCCUUCAAUCUCGUGGUUAUUCUGAAUCUAAAAUCCAAGAAAAUACAGAAUGUGAAAUUUUCAGAGUAGUUCUUGACGAAGUUCUCGAAGGCUUCGAAGAACUUGGAGAAGAUCAUAUCAUCGAAAUACAAUCAGAUACAAUGGAACAGCUCGAUGAAGCUGUCAUGAACGUUGGUCACUUAAUAGAAAGCUACCAGCAGCAAGAAUAG